UUGACUGGUCGGGAGCGCCAUCUUGAAAAGUGUCCUCCAUUGCCAACUAUUUCAUGUUGGUCACAUCCCUCAAUUUUAAAUGUUUUUUUCUCCGGCACGUUUUAUAUGUAUUUAUCUUUGGGACUGAUUAUUGAUUUGACUUCAUUGGAAAGAUAUUCAUGCGGAGGGUCACCGAGCACAACAUUGUUGGUGGUGUAUGCUGUAUGUGCACGGCUGUUGUGACAUUCAUUUCCAUUGCGCUGAUUAACCUGCAAGUGCCGACAGACUUGGAAUGGGCCACAAAUAUCACACACCACAACAACCUGUCUUUUAACCUGAGUUCUGACUUGUGGACUUCCCACAAAUAGGACAACUAUGUUUUGGAAAUUUGACCUCCAUGCCACAUCACACAUUGACACUCUGCUGGAGAGGGACGAUGUAAGACUAACUGACAUAAUGGAUGAAGAGGAUGUUCUGCAAGAGUGCAAAGCCCAGAACCACAAAUUGAUUGACUUCCUUUUGAGACCUGAAUGCAUGGAGGACCUCGUUACCUUCAUUACGCAAGAACCAAGUACUGAUGUGGAGGAUAAUGUUAAAUACAAGUAUCCCAACAUAUCAUGUGAACUGCUUACAUCAGACGUGAGCCAAAUUAAUGACAGAUUAGUGGAAGAUGAAAAACUGCUGAUAAAACUGUAUAGCUUUCUUCAGAAUGAGCCACCUCUUAAUCCACUUUUGGCCAGCUUCUUCUCUAAAGUUCUUUCUAUUCUCAUAGGACGUAAACCUGAACAGAUAGUAGGGUUUCUUCGAAAGAGAGAGGACUUUGUAAACUUUAUGAUCAAACACAUAGGGACUUCAGCCAUCAUGGACCUGCUACUCAGGAUGCUCACAUGUAUUGAACCACCACUUUUACGACAGGAUGUCCUUAAUUGGCUGAAUCAGGAAAAUAUAAUUGAGAACCUUGUGGACAUGGUACAGCCCUCUCAGGAUGAAGAUAGACACUCCAAUGCCUCACAGUCACUAUGUGAGAUCAUCAGACUGAGCAGAGACCAGAUGUUCCAGGUCCAAGGAUGCCCACAACCUGACCCAUUACUGGCUACACUUGAAAAGCAGACCACCGUGGAAAAACUGCUGUCUCAUAUCUUUGACAAGGAGAAGAAUGAAUCUGCAAUUGUCAGUGUUAUCCAGAUUCUUCUGACAUUGUUUGAAACAAGACGACCAGCGUUUGAAGGCCAUAUGGAAUGCUCCCCAAGAAUGUCCAACCCUUCAUUCUCUGUCAAUCAAAGCAUCUUGGAGGCUGUGAGACCACGACUAAAAGAUUUUCAUCAACUUCUGCUGGAUCCCCCAAAGAACGACAUGAUGAAGACAACAUGGGGGGUACUCGAUCCUCCUGUGGGUAACACAAGGCUCCAUGUGGUCCGACUAGUGGUCAGUCUGUUGCAAACCAACACUCCCUGUAUCAGUAAAGAGCUCAUUCACCUCAACACCCUGGGAAUAAUACUUGAUAUGUAUUUCAGAUACAUCUGGAACAACUUCCUCCACAUUCAGGUGGAAAUCUGUACAGCUGUGAUUUUGGUUAUGCCUCCUUUCACCACUGACGUCCAGCUUGAUGCAGAACAGGAAAAUGCCAGAGAGAGCAUCCUCGUCAGACACUUGUUUCAAAAAUGCCAUUUCAUACAGAGAAUCGUUGAAGCCUGGAACACUAAUGAAAAGGAGCAGGUCGAAGGUGGUCGGCGGCGAGGAUACAUGGGUCACCUCACUAGAAUAGCUAAUUCAAUACUUCAUAACUGCGAUAAAGGUCCUAAUGGAUUGCAGAUACAACAGCUCAUCUCUGAGCUAAAAGUCGAGGACAGAGAAAAAUGGGAGGCCUUCAUAUCUGGGCAGCUGGCUGACACAAACAAAAGAAACACUGUUGACCUGGUGAACACACACCAGAUCCAAUCCUCAACUGAUGAUGAGGUUGAAUUUAAAGAUAGCAGCUUUCACCAUGACUCAUCUAUUCAACAAGCGUUUUCUGAUUAUCAGAUGCAACAAAUGACGUCCAAUUUUAUUGAGCAGUUUGGCUUCAAUGAUGAAGAGUUUGCUGAUCCAGAUGAUGUUUUGGAUAUUCCCUUUGACAGAAUAUCAGACAUCAGUUUUUCACUGAAUACAAAUGAAAGUGUGAAAGUAGCUAUGUUUGAAGCCCGCUGUAGAGAGAAAAUCCAGCAAUUUGAGGAUGUUGGUUCAGAUGAAGAGGAUAUCUGGGAUGAAAAAGAUGUCACCUUUGUACCAGAAGCACAGAGGCGCCCCAGGAGUGCGGGUAGCACAGACAGUGAGGACAGCACUGACUCUGAGGAAGAGGAUUCCAAGAAAGAUGUAUUUGAAGCUUCUAAUCCCAACUCUGAAGACAUGGAAGUCGAAACAGACACAGCAUGGAGUGGCUAUUCUGGUCCCGAUUCAAACUCCGGGACAGGCUGGGCUGAUUUCUCUAACUUCUCCCCCACCAGCCCCAAUGAUCCACUAAUGUGCAAUACUCCUGUUGCUAUGGAGACCAACAUAGAGAAACUGGAUCCUCUAGGCGUCAUCGGACCGUUAUAUUCGGAGGAAAACAAUGGCUGGUUGAGUCCGAGUGUUUCGUCGUCCUCAUCUGUCACAUCUAAGGGUUGUGGAAGAUCUAAAAUGGUGGAUGAAUCUACUUGCAAUGUGCAACGGAGUAUGACGGACACCGUCAUCAAUGGCUCUUUAAAAGAGACUUUCAGCCUCACUGUUGAUGCAAAGACUGAGACUGCUGUCUUUAAGAGAGUGUUGAAAUCAUAUCGCAGUGAGAAGUGCAAGUACACAAUGGAAUUCCCCAAUGGCCCUCGAGAGGAAAUGUCAAACAUAGAAGAUGCCAAACUGGACCAGAGUGCAAUGUCCUCAGAUCCAGCAGUAAAUGGACCAGCAUGAGGAUGGGUAGUCUUUAGCCAGCGUAAUCAACAACUUGAGAAGAAUCUCCUCAUGAAUGAGCAGAGGCCACUGGUCAAACCUGGUCAUAAAACAGCAAUGACGUACUGUUGUUUAGACCUGCAACUGACUUCUUCUCAUUCAGAUUUGUUUAGGAAUGUCACUAUGUUUGAAAAGAUGAUUGUUUCAAUAAAAUAUUUUGUAAAAUGUAAUUGGAAUUUAAAUACGGAGGUUAAAUUAUUCCAGCACUAUAAUUGUUGCUUCAUUUUGCAGUAUUUCAA